AUCUCAGCUCUGAAAACAUCUCUAAUCCAGUAUUUCAGGUGCCGAAGUCGACCGAGCGACCACAGCUCACUACCGCCGCGCAUCAGCGAACUGCUGCGGAACCGCACGCCUCUGGAAACCGGAAUAUAUCGCAAGUGGACGGACACGGCUGCUGUGUCAAAAGUGGGAUUUUUGAGAGACAAGAAUUCCCACAAAAGCAAGUGAGAGUGAAGUUUCGUGGUUUUGUGGUUGGUGUGUGAGUUUCCAGCGUGUGGCUGCGUCUUGAAGUGCAUUUUCAACCAGGCAGCGACUCCAACGGCUCCUCAGUCCCUCCCCCCGAAACUCAACCAAAAUACUUCAACUCUUGCCCUCACUGGAGGAUAUUACCGCACUUUGGUGUCAUUUUGCUUCUCUUAGCCCAGCCUUGUUUGCUGUCCAGCCAGGAUAAACCUUCACCAUGGAUAGAUCUCUGAGAGGGACAGUUGGCCACAGCUAAAUGCCUUCAAUAACAUCAUGACCAUGUGGCAGAUUUUGCUCACAGGGGUCCACAGUUCCUUCUAAAACUGUCAUGAAGCUUUGUGCAGAGCCGUCAAGACUACAUGAUGACUGAGGCACAUUGCUCCGUAAACAAACCGCAUCUCAUCAGACGUAUCAGACCGCUUAUCAUCAAAGGCUUCCCAAUACAAAGACUUGGGUUGUAAUUUCCCGUGUUGAUUUUUAAUCUUUUUUUUUUUCUUUUUUUUUUAAACUUUUGAAGUAGUGUACACAGUGAAAGCAUCUUCUACGUGGGCUGCAGACAUGGACUAGAAGCCCAUGUGUAGCAGGGCAGCUGCUGCAGCUCGUGGAAUAACUUAGCCCCAGACUGUUUGGGAGUCACUCCUUCAGGGGCAGAGGGAUUUGAUCCCAGCACCACUCUGCCCCGUCGCCGUCUGACUAUCCCACCUGUCUAAAGGCAGACCCCACUAUCCAAUGGCAUGGGUCAAGUUCUUCAGGAAGCCGGGGGGCAAUCUGGGGAAAUCGUACCAGCCGGGGAGCAUGCUGUCUCUGGCCCCGACCAAAGGACUGCUGAACGAGCCGGGCCAGAACAGCUGCUUCCUCAACAGUGCUGUGCAGGUACUAUGGCAGCUGGACAUCUUCAGACGCAGCUUGAGGCAGCUACCUGGACACUUCUGUCUGGGAGAAUCCUGCAUCUUUUGUGCAUUAAAGGGCAUUUUCUCCCAGUUCCAGCACAGUCGGGAGCGCGCCCUGCCCUCUGACAACCUACGUAACGCCUUGGCAGAGACCUUUAAGGACGAGCAGCGCUUCCAGCUGGGCUUCAUGGAUGAUGCCGCAGAGUGCUUUGAGAACAUACUGGAUAGGAUCCACCUGCACAUUGUGCCUGAGGAGACAGAAGACGCCUGCACUUCGAAGUCUUGCAUCACGCAUCAGAAGUUUGCAAUGUCACUUUAUGAGCAGUCUGUGUGCCGACACUGUGGGGCAUCCUCCGACCCACUGCCGUUUACAGAGCUGGUGCAUUAUGUCUCCAUCACCACACUCUGUCAACAGACGCUUCAGCGCAAAGAUGUGUCAUUCGGGGAGCUGUUACAAGUAGCAAGUACAAUAGGGGACCUUCGAAACUGUCCAAGCAACUGUGGCCAGAGGAUUAGGAUAAGACAGGUCCUCAUGAACUCCCCAGAAAUAGUUACCAUAGGCUUCGUGUGGGACUCUGACCAGUCCGACUUCACAGAGGAGCUUAUUCGCUCACUGGGGCCUCAUCUCAGUCUUUCUGCGCUCUUCUACAGGGUGACAGAUGAGCAUGCCAAAAAGGGAGAGCUGCAGCUCGUAGGGAUGAUCUGCUACUCCAGCCGCCACUACUGUGCCUUCGCCUUCCACACCAAGUCCUCCAAAUGGGUCUUUUUUGAUGAUGCCACAGUGAAGGAGAUUGGCUCCAGGUGGAAAGAUGUGGUCAGCAAAUGUAUCAAAGGUCACUUCCAGCCUCUCCUCCUCUUUUACUCCAAUCCGGAUGGGAGUGCUAUCACCCCAGAUGAUGCCUCAAGACAAAACAGCAGCCAGUCUCACUACAAGACCCCUGUCAAUGGAGACGUGCAAGGCAUUGAGUCUCCAGUUGUACCCCACAAGAAGCUGGACCUCACCAGGGAGAAUCUGAAUGCUCUGGCGGGCCAAGGUUCUUUCAAACAUAAGACCUCUUCGACCUUUAGCAGGACCAGUGCUCAGACCAGUGGAGGACGGGGACCAGUGAAAAUUGGCACCAACGAUCCCAGGAGUCGCUUCAGGGACAUUUCUCGAGAAGCCGCCCAGAGAGCAGGAGAGGUGCGUGGGAUGCAUCCAUCCAGAAAAGAGUCUGAUAGGAGCGGUCAACGGAGGCCGGAGUCACGCUACAGAGAUCCAGGUCAGGACAGGACCUACUCCCGCUCCGUCUCCCCUCCAGAGAAUGGCUUCAGAAAACACCUGGAGACUCGUCUGUACAGCAGCCAAGGAAAAGGUCCGACACGGACUGAGAGGACACCCCACCUUGGUGGACGGUCCUCACAUGAUCCUACUCGCUCUCUCUCGAGGGUCCAAGUGUUGCCCAAUGUGCCCAGUAUCAGCAGUGGUCAUCACAGCCGAAGAUUAGAACAACUCUCCAACGGUUAUGAUACUGACAGCAGCCAAGACUCCAGAGAGCGUCCCGGAAGUCGCAGCAGGUCCAGCCGCCCCUGGAAGCCCAUGCGGGAGGCUCUUAAUGUGGACAGUGUUAUAAGUGGCGUCGGUAAUACGGGAAGUCAAGAACGAAGGCAGCAUAGCCCCCGGAGGAGACCCAGUAGUCAGUCGCCCACCCGGGACCGAGAGCGAGACAGAGAUUUUACGUGGGGAGGCCGAGAAGAGCGCAAACCCAAGAGCCUAAUGACCAUCUAUGAGGAUGAGCAGAGACAUGAAACAGGUGGCAGCCGAAGCUCGCUGGACUCAGAUGGCCGCGGCGGCUACAGUGACAAGGACAGGUCAAAGGGCUCAGCAACUCUAAAAAUGCGGAAUGACAACUGGAAGAUCCAGCGAACUGAAUCUGGAUAUGAAAGUAGUGACAGACUAAGCAAUGGCUCAGCAAAUCUUGACUCACCUGUGGUAGAGAACCUUUCCUCUAAGGACCUGCGGCCAAUCCUUGAGCUGCAUCUGACGAGGGAUCACUUCCUUCCCAGAAGAAGUGAUGAUUUGAAGGCUGACAUGUUGCACUCGACAUUUUCCACUGGUGAACAAGGAAGACAAUCUCCAGAUCUGCAAGAUGCAGACAGCCUCUCUGGUCAGCCAGUACGAAGAAGAAGAGCCUUCCGAUACACUCCUGGGAUCUUGGAAAAGAACAACGGUCUGGACAGUGAACAUGAGGAAAACGUGGACGGCAGCCCCGUGAGCCCCGUGCCUCCUUACUUAGCAAAGACCAGCAGUUCUGAGUGGAACAGCUCAGAUGACCUCGCUGGACCUUUCUCUGAACAAGAGGAGACUGGCACCGUUGACCCUUUGUUGCACAACUAUCCCCCACCUUUACCCCCGAAAACUUUUGGCAACAGUUACGCUGACCCAUCUGACGUCCACUCCCAACCACCGGAGGUGCCAACCCGGACACUUUCCAACAGUGAACCCAAAAAUGGCUCGUCCCCACUAUCGCACACCACCCUCCGUCGGUGGAUCGAGACACCUGCCGAGCACAGGCUUUCGUCAGACGCCAGCUCCAAGUCGGGGUCGUCGGACCAGGACAGGAACGAUCUGUCGGCCAGCGAGAGUGACGAGAGGUUACCCAGUCCGAAGCCUGGGCACGAUGACGGUACAGACUCCCUUGGUCCGGCUGAUAUAGCUCUUCCCACCACUUACUUCUCUGUGGAUAGCUGUAUGACUGACACGUACCGGGCCAAAUACCACAGGAGGCCUGCCUUGUACAUGAAAGCAGAGGACCAUACGUCAUCAGGGGAGAGUGAUGUGGAAGGGAGGGGGCUCCCUUUGCCAGAUGUUCAGCCACCAGAGCUUUCCAAAAGCAGAUCAGAUGCAGGCUACCCGACCACAAAGACUACUGCAAAGUGGAACCCAGUUACUCCAAAAGGACUCGAUGAGCAUGGUUUCCUAUGAUUUAAUCAAAAGACCUUGUCUGAUCCGGCGACUGGAUGCCAAAAGGAACUGUUAGUAUGCAGUAUGACGUCUACACAGUUUGACUCCUUCUAACUGGGUUGUGUAUUAGCUUAUGUACUUGUCAUAACAGAGCGUUAGACAUGAAACUGGAUGCCAAAGAGAUUGUAAAAAGAAUGGCAGGUGUCCUUAAAUGCUAUCUUACUGUUUUUGGUAUGAGCUACUUAAAGCUUUGAAUGAAUUGUGAAUUUGCACAGUGAAGAGCACCAGAAAGGUACAGAGGAAUAAACAUGCCUAAAAUGCUUAGCUGUUGAUCAUGUUAGAACUUUCUGAGUUUAAAAGCGAAGGGAAAGGGUUACUAAAGAAUGUGUCACAAAAAGCCACUUUACCACACAAGAGAUUAAAAGAUUUCUUCUACAUGAAAAAAUAACCAAUUUCUUGCAGUUUGACUUCCUCUCACUCUGUGGAGUGCUUUUAUUUCUUUAUUUAACAACUCCUAUUUCAGUGUUAUCAGGUGUCUGCCCCAGUUCUUUCUACCAACCUUUCAGGCAUUUUUAAAGAACACAAGAGGUUCCAGGAAUAUUCAGAACACGUUUUUUGGUGUAGAUUUUGGAAAAUAUUGGGCACUCUUUUGGCAUGACUUAAAAAUGGAUCCCAAGGAUCCGUGUGAAUAUGAAGCUUCAGGACGCCCACAUAGAUUUUUGGCUGAUGAGACCUCUUUGCAGGGCUGUUAAGGCAGGGAAAUUCUUUUUGGUACAUGGAGUUUAUUGAUCUCUGCGAUUAACAGUCGCAAUUCUUUCUUUUGUCUCUCAAACUUCAACCAAAGGAGGUCUAAUACACCAGUUUAUCUCUGACCGCCAGUGUAAGUGUCCAGAUCACGGGUAGCUAUGUUUAAUUGAUUGCCGUUUGACUGAGAAGUAUGUGGCACAUAACUCGAGGCACAUCCCUAUCUCCUCACAUGCACACCUUCACACUUCCUUACAUAUUUACUGUGUUCUAUGUCUUUGCACUGUAUUUCUGUAUGAUUAUUUUUCUUCUCACACUCCGUACAGUCAUAAGCUUCCAUUAUUUUUGUCUUUACUCAGCUUUCCUUCCUGUUUCUUAAAACUAGUUCCUAUUAGCAGCAAGUCUGCACCGGUAGGACACGGACAUUUGAAAUUGCCAUCAAGAGAUAGACGAGGCGUUAUUGUUUCUGUCGAGGGGGUUAUUAACAGUCACAUGUUGUGAAUCUAAGUAGUGGACUGCUUUUUGGUUGGAAAUGUUUUAUAUAUGCAGCAGACUCUAAUGCACAGUGCCUUUUGUACUUUUCUAUGUCAUGACAAGUUUGAAUUGGAGCCAUGAUUUGUACAAUUCUUUGAUUUUAAAUAAUUUUUGUAACAUUUAAUUUUAUUUUUAUUGAUUAAUAAUUGUUGAAUAAACAAUUUUAUUUAACCAUA